GACAAACUUUACUCAGAAUCAGAUACACACCCUCGGGCGUUUGCUGUCUAUUCACGGGAACAAUCUACUGUACCAAUUAGUUCCAGAUGAUUGCUGGAUACACAAUAAUCAAUCUGUCAAUUUCCCAAAUAAACCCGUUUGUGUUGAAACCUAUGAGAGGUGAAAUGUAACAAAAAUGUUAAUUGCAAAAGCCGGAGCAUCAAACAUCAACAACAAAGUUCAACAUUUUAAUUUAAACAACUGUCAAAUAGAAGCUCAACACUCGAAGUCAAUAUGCCAAAUUGAAAAUGCUCAACAUACUAAUUGAAUUAAUUAUUAUACAUCAAAUAAUUAAUUCAAUUAAGCUCAAUAAUUAAAUUGGGAACAUAAAUUCUUAAAUAAAUUGAUUACAAUUCAAAUUUCCAAACUACUAUUCGAUUUCUGUUUAGUCUGUUCUAAAUCAAUACUGAGCAUUCGGUUUCAGGUUAAGUUGUACUUUCCAUUUGCCACUUGGUCAUUCUAUUCCCGUGCUAUGCUUAAUUACGGGGGCUGCCCCUGACAUGGCAAAUUUGAUAUGCUAAAGAUUGUAAAAAUGGGCAAUUGACUUGUGGAUGGCAACAUCAGAACUGGAGUUGUCAUUAUCAUACCGUCAAACUGAGGUGACAGUUCAGUUAGUGCCUCACUUCUGCAGGGAUCCCUGCCAAACUUAAAUUCAAAGUAAAAUCUUCUAAAUGGGUUGUAAUAGCAUUUCAAAAGUAUUAUUAUUAUUAUUAUUAUUAUUAUUAUUAUUAUUAUUAUUAUUAUUAUUAUUAUUAUUAUUAUUAUUAUUAUUAUUAUUAUUUUAAAUAAGCGUACUGAUUGAAAAUUAGAGGAAACAGGUGUGUGCGUCAAUUGCAGCUAAGUAGCUCACAUUAGCACCUGCGCCUCUUUAUAAACCAACUGUGCAGUAAGGAACACCAAAUUCAACUACUAACUGAAAAUAUUCUCAUCAAUGUGAUUGAGUGACCAUUUUUCUUGAAUGGAAAGCUUUUGAUGUACAAAGCCUGUUGAUUAGUAAUUUAAUGACCUAAGCUAAGUCCAGAGUACUCCUGCACCGUAUGGCAUCAACCAGGCUUUGUUUUUGCAAAAUGCCUUCUAGGAAAUGUUGUUCCGUUGGCUUUAAAAGCAUGUUGCUGAUCCCACUAAAUUUACCCUAAACUUACUGUUCCAAAUGGGUGUUUAUUUCUACAAACAUAAAUCGUUCUUACAAAAUUACAAGUAGGUGGAAGGGGGCAGUGGGGGUGUUAACUUUGUCAUCGCUGUCUACCUUGCUUGAAAUGAGUUUCUUUAAAAGGCCAACUGAAUUUCUAUCUUUCCACAGACAAUAAGGGGGUGCUUGUUUCCCUCUCUCCAAGACUGGCCACACAGUGUGGAUAUAGUUUUACCGUUGAUUUCUGUGCUGAGCUGCUUUGCUCAGAACACAGCAAGUCUCUUCAUUUAAUUUCUUGUAAACGUGUUUCUAAUGGUGACGUGUUGUGACUAACACUAGCUUUUGUUUUAUAGAAUGACGAGACCUACAAACUGACAGUGCAGAUCGGUGUUGUAUCAAACAGUGCUAUGACUUUCGCUUCCUCCUAUGUUAAGAGCAUGACAUGCCACUAUUCUCCAUGGGCCGAGAGGAAAAUUCUGUGUGAAAGAAACUACAUGGAGGUUUCAAUUAGACGAGGUGUGCCACUUGUUGAGCCAAACUUUGUUCAAGAUGGUCCUGAUUGGUCCCUUGCGUACCCUGAGAUGGUACAACUUUCACAGAACAGAUGAUUACAUGGAACAUUCGCUGUGUUCUACCUCCCCUUGUUCCUACACUACAAAUUACUACCUGUGAUGUUCAAAUGGGAGCUCAAAUGGCCGCAAGCUUGACCCUGCAACAAUUAAGAGAUUAUAAACUGGAUGUCGGUCCCCAGCUAAUCGCUGUAAAAAUUCCUGUGGUAGCUGAUGGUGGGUAUUACAAAAGCCAUAUAUUGGACAACACCUAUGUGAUCUCUUACUCUAUUGAACUAAUGCUGGAGCAUACCUGGCAAGAUGGGCCUGAGAAGACCAAGUACACAAUACUUCAUCCAAUAACCACUCCUUUCAUACCUCGGCCACCAGUUGUCACAAACAACACUGUUCCUAAAGACAGAGUGUUCAGUGUGACCCUGGGGCCAUUCCUGCUUGAUGUGGAGCUUUUAAAAAAAAUUACAGUUGGACCAGAAACUUUAACUGUGCCAGAAAGCAACCUAAAAGGUUAUAAUGUCCAGGAGCAUGUCUUUCCCAAUGGAUCCAAGACCUACACUCUCCAGGUGCCAUUUGAGGACCCCAAUGUGAAGCAAAAGGUAACUCCUCCAGACACCAGAACCUACAUUCUGCCCCUGACCUACUUGCUGAAUAUAGUGCCAGAGAAAACACCCUUUACUCAUCCUGCUGUAGUUGAAGCCAUUGUCGAAGACAUCAUUCCACCAGUAACUCGCUACUGUGAUAAUGCUGCCUUCUAUACCAUGGUAACAUAUGACAACAUGGGUCGCAACUGGAUUCCUUUUGUGGGCUCCAGAGAACUUGGUGGAAGUCUGCUUGCCCUGUACAAGUAUAAUGCCAACUUUACCAAUUUCUGGAUGACUGUGCCUUACAACUCCAAUGGAAGCCACAUUUGAAGUGAUCAGUUCUUCAGGCAUCAGAAGCAGGCUUGACUUGACCUUGAAGGAUAUUGAGACCAUUGUCACGGUGGUUAGCUUCUCUCUGUCCUGCAGUUUCCCUACAAAGAUGAUUGAUUGCUUCACCAAUGGAACUAAGGCAGCUCUUGUUGUGAAAGUGGAAUCUGUCCCCAGCUUGUCUCCCAAGUCAACUAAUUCUAAGGGAUCCUAGUUGCCGGCCUCUUCAGUCUGAUGCUAUCGAUUUGUGAUUUUCUGCUUCAAUGUCAACUCCUGUGGAACAACUAGAAGCAUUAGUAUUUACAAAUGUAGUCAUAUUUUUGAGGAGGUUCUUCAACAUGUUGACAAGGCGUGGCAGCAACAUCCCUGAAUCAAUCUGGGCCUGGGCCAGGCCAUGGUGACCUGUGUUUCCAUUGGCUGAACUAAUUGCAUGAAUUGUGACCUGAAAGGUGCCACCAUUGUAUUGAACUGCUUGUUCAGUUGAUGAAGGUGCUGUGACACAUGAUGACUCUGUUGGAUAUAUCAUUGCAUGUGCUACCUAUAGACCUUUUGGGUCAAUUGCUGUGAACUGAAAGGAGCAUACCAACUGGGGAUGAUCUUGUGGUUAACACAGAGGACGGUAUUAAACUAGUACGCAAGUUAAUACCAAUUGCAACAAACUAAGCAGCUCAAGAUGGUCACCAGCUGCAUAUUAAUUUGUCUCCAUUGCAAAACCCAAAAUAGCUGCUUUUGCCCUCGUAGAGGUUACUAAGUUAGUCUAGCAAUUUCUGUAGACAAACUUGUGGUAUCGUACUAAUAUGCAGAAUCCCAAAAUGUAUUGACAACUUUUAUGAAACUGAACAUAUACUUUAUAUUUCAGAGGAGUUAGCGUAACUGUUUUAUUAGAUAACAAUAUUCGAUAGCAUCAGCAACUUUGUUUGUAGUUUAUGAUUUUACUUUACUUUAAAAUAAACAAUAGAUUCCAGAAAACAAUACAUCAUUUAGUUAUUUUUGGCAACUUUAUUAAUUUAUAUUAAAUCUUUUUUUUUUUUAUUACACCAUUGAUUGCACAUAACCCAGAAAAAACACGAUAGUGACAUUAAGUUAUACAUGUUGGUGAACUAUCUGUUAAAACAAAUAAAAAAAGAAAACCACAGAUAAAUACAAAGUUAUAUAAAUAUGAUACCGUAAUUCCAAGUUGCAUAAUUAUAUUUACACAGUAAGAAAACACGCUUCCAACAGUGUAUAUGAUCACAUUAUAUAAAAGGUACAAUAAGGACCUCAAUCAAGUCAAACAAUGACACAUUUGUAUUAACACAUUUGAGAUUUAAAACAGCAAAAUGUCUUAAAACACCCUGAAUGUUUUGGAAAAGAAAUGUGGCACUGUAAACACAAACAAUAUGUCUCAAACAAGUUUUCUAAACAGAAAUUAUUCACUAAGAAAAAUACAUGGCGAUACCCGCCACACAUUUAAAAGAAUAUACAGGGAUUUGUUGCAAAACUAGCUCUGUGUUUUGUAGUAACUUUUGUAAUAACUACUGUUGGUAAAUUGGGCUGCUGGGCAGACCAGGUAUUUAAAAAUGUUAUUUGCAUAACAAUACAGUGAGUUUGAUGAGAAUACUUGCAAAACACAGUACAGCUUUUCUAUAUUACGUUAUGUUAUUUAUCAUGGAAGACUGAAAUUAUAAAAAGCAGAAUAACCUUAAAUGGAAGUUAAGUAUUUCUUUUAACACACACCUCAAAAAGAAAAAUAAUUUUACACU